AAAGGGUUUUGGUCAAAAAAAAAAAAAAUUACUGAAAAAUUUAAAGCUCAUCUCCAGAUCUCCAUCACUUUAUUGAAUCCAAUUACUACCGACCAUGUCGAAUGAAGCUCCAGCUGUGCCAUCUUUAGCAGGUGGUGCCUCGACCAAAGACAAAGAAACUCAAUUAAGGGAACAGCAAGAAGCCGAAUCGAAAAGAAAAGCAUACAGAGAAAAGCAAGAAGCUAAAAGAAAAUCGGUUAAAUUUGAUGAUAAAGAUCAACCAGAACUUAGUACGAAACAACAAGGUAAAAAGGCCAAAAAAGAAAAAGUUGAAUUGCCUCGUAAAAGAUUCUAUAGACAAAGAGCACAUUCCAAUCCCUUUUCAGAUCAUCGUUUAGAAUACCCUCGUAGUCCAGAUUCAAUGGACUGGUCCAAAUUUUAUCCAAAACAUUUUGAUUCAGAACAAGGUCAAAUGAAUAAAAAAGUUGAAAUUGCCGAUAUUGGAUGUGGAUAUGGUGGAUUGCUUAUAAACUUAGCCAAAGAAUUCCCACAACUGUUAUGUUUAGGUAUGGAAAUUAGAGUUCAAGUGACUCAAUACGUUGAAGAUAGAAUCAUUGCAUUAAGAGAAAAAUAUGCUAAAGAUAAAAUUUCAAAUUAUCAAAAUAUAGCAGUAUUAAGAGGUAAUGCAAUGAAAUUUUUACCUAAUUUUUUUGAAAAAGGACAAUUACUGAAGAUGUUUUUCUGUUUUCCUGAUCCUCAUUUUAAACAAAGAAAACAUAAAGCCAGAAUCAUCACAAAUACUUUAUUAUCAGAAUAUGCAUAUGUUUUAAAAGAAGGAGGGGUUGUUUAUACUAUUACUGAUGUUGAAGAUUUACAUAAUUGGAUGGUUCAACAUUUAAAUGACCAUCCAUUAUUUAAAAGAUUAGAUGAAAAUUGGGAAAAACAGGAUAAAUGUGUUGAAUUAAUGUGGAAUUCAACUGAAGAAGGUCAAAAAGUUACUCGUAAUAAAGGUUCUAAAUGGAUUGCUUGUUAUGAAAGGCUUCCAACUCCUGAAGAUUGUGAUUGA